AUGUGGGAACAUCUGCCGGAGCUGAUCCUGACGCGGGUGUUCGGUCGAUUGGAGCGUCGCGACCGGGCGAACGCCGCGCAGGCCUGCCGACACUGGGCGCGAUGUCUCGACACGCCGUGCCUUUGGCGGCGCUGCACCGUCUACGUCGAUCAAGACUUUUCGUUCGGCGACACUCUGACCAGCGAGCUCGCGGUAAAGUACGGCGAGUACAUGCGGAGCUUGGAGCUGAUUUGGGAGCGGCCGCGUCGCGCCAGUCGUGAGCCGCGGCUCGCGCGCAGUGUCCAGGCGGAGCUGGGCGCGGACUUCCUCGCCGCCGUGCGCGCGCAGGACCCGCAGCUUCGAGAGCUCGUGCUCGCCAAUUGGAACUACGCGAGCAAGUGGGGCAAUUCCGGCAAGCUGCUCCGCGCCCUGGGCGACCUCCUCGCAUGUCAACCCACUCUCGAGAAGCUGAAUAUGUUCAACGCCAAUCUCGGACUGAGCGAUGCGCUGAGGCUGCUGGCGAUCGUCGUGAGAAUCAGCGGAGCUCGAUUGGCCUGGCUGGACCUACACGGGGCUUUCAAGGAUUGGAAGGCUCCCUUCAACAAUGCCAGAUACCUCAGACUUAUCGGACGGCUAGGCGCUUUGAAAUAUCUGAGCCUCGACUACCCGGCACUUUCAGACGGCGCGUUAAAUGCACUAGCCUCCGGUUCACCCAAUACUCUCGAGCAACUGCAAGUAUUCGUCAAAGAUUCGGACUGCAGACAGCAUCGCAUCGACGACUCCACUUGGCUAAAUUUGGUUAACGUUUGCCCCAACCUCAGCGUCUCUUACACGCUUGUGAAUAUAUCGCAUCACGAAGAUCUAAGCUACUUGUUGCUGCCGAGCGUACCUCUUGCCAAAUUCCAAAUGUACGGGCACAAUGUUUGGGACCAAAGUCGCUCUCGUAACUUUCGCGGCACCGUUGGUCUUUUGAUCAAUCAUUACACCAAUACCUUGGACGAAGUCUUGCUGCAGUUACGGAACAACAGAGAGAUGCUAGACGAUUUGAUACUUACUAUGCUGAUCCAGUGUAAAAAACUUAAGCGGCUUCAGUACGAUGGAAUAAUGCGGAAUCUGGAAACUAUACGAGAUAUAUGUCGACUCACAAUAGAUUGCCGAGCUCGUUAUCAAACUAUUCACUUCAAGCAUAAAAAUUUAAACCCUUUUAAUCGAGCGCUUCUGCGAGACAUUAAACAGGACAUGAGUCACAAAAUAAAAUAUCAAGGAGUUGAUUUUGCUAUAGAAAAUCCAGACUAA